AUGCCGUCCGUUGCGAGAAUAGGAAAUAUAAGAAAGGAUCUAAAGCAUGGUGGGAUACAGCUAACAGGAUAUCAGGUAGAAAUAAGCAAGACGUUCAAAUCAGUGCUAUAUAUUGUCAAUGCAGAAGUGAUUAAUGACUAUUUUAAAGAGAUCAAUACUGAUCCUAAUUAUAUUACUCCUGAACGUUUACAAAUUCCUGAUGCAGUUCACGUUCCUGAAGUGGAGAUCGACUUAGUAAAACAUGUACUGUUACGUCUAAAAUGUACAUCAUUUGGCCCCGAUUGUUUGCCAUUUUGGUUUUGGAGAGACUAUGCCAACUAUUUAGCUCCUGUUGUUACCCAUAUCUUCAACACCUCGAUAAGAGAACAGAUGGUCCCAUCUCUAUGGAAGUUAGCUAACGUCGUUCCUACUCCUAAAGAGUCUUCUCUUGAGGAAGUGAACCAGCUCAGGCCUAUAUCGUUAACAAACAUUAUAAUGAGAGUAUUCGAAAGAGUUGUCUUCAAGCAAGAAUUAUCUGUUCCCUUGAGCUUGGAAAUAGGAGCUGACCAAUUUGCCUACAAACGGAGUCAAAAUUGCACUAUGGCAUUAAUUUAG